AUGUCGGGCCAGCCCGCCCUUCUCCAGCAUGACAUGUUCCCAGGCAUCUUUGACUGCAUUCUCGACUACGCUUCCCGAGAUGUCCUCUUCGCGUUUCGGGCGACGUGUCGCACCAACCGGGAUCGCGUCGACGCACGGAUUUCCAGACACCUCUCCCUGUGGCUUAUAGACGACAGCACGAUGCUCUCGACUCCCGGCGACCAGCGAGUACCUGCGCUACGCUCUCCUGGUCCAGGAGAGGACCCCAAGGCCGCUUCGAUAGCUCGACGGAGGGCCCUGGGGCUCACCCGGAUCCUCGAUUACAACCUCGAACCGCACUUUGCAAGCCUCCCAGAUCAAGAGACCAUGGAUGGGCUCUGCAAUGUUCAGACAGUGCGACACUGGAGUGGCCAUACGAGACAAACAUACCCGAUCUCGUUCCCGACGUACAUCGAGUUUGUCAACAUGCACUGCCGGGCGGAGAUCUGGGCAGGUCAGAUGCGCUGGCGGCAGCCGCCUGAGUGCGAGGCGGAGCUGGCACAGGAGGGUGUACGCCGCUGGAUUGUCAACGCACGGUAUCAGACACGCGACACUGGACUGGCUUCUGCCAUCAUACAACUCGUGGUACAGCCGGCCGCUGCGGAGACCUUGCGUGAGAUGGUCAUCCUCGUCACCGAGCACUCGUAUGGCGGGUACAAACGAUCGCACGACGCUCCGCCUCCACCACCACAGUACGGAAUGUUGCAAAGUGUCAUCGAGCGCAUUGCUUCGACACUCCCGAACAUCCAGUAUACGCUCGUCCUGGACGACAAGUUUAACCCCGUGUGGUUUGGGCUUCCCGAGGAGACCUCACCAGAGCAGUUCCGGACCGCGGUCGCACAAGCUGUGCUGAAUGAGGUCAGUCGCGACAAGACCGAAUCAGAGCUCCUCCGUGCCAUGGACGCUUUCCAGCUCAUGUCGCUGGAAGAGUACCAAAGUCACGUUGGCAAUCAGCAGUUCGAGCUUCAGACUCUGGGGUGA